UUAUUACACUCUCCACUUCCUUUCCCUAUGUAUUUAUGCUAAGCAUAUGCUCCAUUCACCUCUCCCAACAAUAACCCCUCUUUCUCCCCUCUCUCUCUCUCUCUCUCAACAAUGAAGAAGAAGAUCCAUUCACUUGCACUUCUCCUCAUUCUUGUUUUCCUCGUCACCAUAUCUCACACUUCUUCAAGGAAGCUCUCAUCAAACCAAGAAAUCAAGAUCAAUAAAUCUGUUACAGGAAAUGGAGAGACUGAAUCUUUCCAUAAUCUGAUGGGGAUGGAGGAGUGUGGAAAUGAAGAUGAAGAGUGCUUAAACAGAAGGAUUCUUGCAGAUGCUCAUCUUGAUUACAUCUACACCCAGAAUCAGAAGAAUUGAAAAUAUUCAACAAAUUAAUUAAAAUAAAACAGUUAUUUAUGCUGGUUUUUAUAGAGAGUUUAAUCUUGAGAUAAUGUUUUUUAUUUUCUCUGUCUUUAUUGAUCAGAAGUGAAAACUGGGCUCUCAGCUGGCAAAUUUUCAGACAUGUAAGUUAUUUACUUCUUACUACUAGUAUAUAUGUGUGUCGAUUUCAGGAA